UGUUGUGUGAUUUCCCCAAUAAGCGGCCUUGGCUUUUCCUUCAUCCCCUAUCACAAACCAUUUCUUUCUUUCAACAUUUUUAACAAUUUCGAAUUUGGAAUAUAAAUAUAGCUAUUUCUUUUUCCUUGGUUAAUGAAAUGGCAAUGGAGUGCAUAACAAGUACUCAAUCCAUGACUCAACCACACCAAAACAACAACAAAGAAAGUGAAACAACACCAUUGGUGUUUGAUGCCUCAAUCUUGAGGCAUCAACACCAAAUCCCAAGCCAAUUCAUUUGGCCUGACGAGGAGAAGCCAAGCUUGCAAGUAUCCAAGCUUGUCAUCCCCCUCAUCGAUCUAGGCGGCUUCCUAUCUGGCGACCCAGCCGCCACAAUGGAAGCCGUCAGGCUCGUUGGGGAGGCAUGCAAGAAGCAUGGCUUCUUCCUCGUCGUCAACCACGGGAUCAACGCCGACUUGAUCUCUAAUGCACAUAGCUACAUGGAUGAUUUCUUUGAACUUCCCCUGUCUCAGAAACAGAGAGCUCAGAGGAAAACAGGGGAACACUGCGGCUAUGCUAGUAGCUUCACUGGCAGAUUCUCAUCAAAGCUUCCAUGGAAGGAGACUCUCUCUUUUCAAUUCUCCGCAGAGAAAAGCUCACCAAAGAUUGUCAAGGAAUACUUAUCCAACACAAUGGGCAAAGAAUUCGAGCAAUUCGGGUCAAUAUACCAAGAUUACUGUGAAGCUAUGAGCAAACUUUCACUGGGGAUAAUGGAGCUUCUUGGAAUGAGCCUUGGAGUUGGGAAAGAAUGCUUCAGGGAAUUCUUUGAAGAGAAUAGGUCAAUAAUGAGAUUGAACUAUUAUCCACCAUGUCAAAAACCAGACCAAACAUUAGGAACUGGACCUCAUUGUGAUCCAACAUCUUUAACCAUUCUUCACCAAGACCAAGUUGGUGGCUUGCAAGUGUUUGUUGAUAAUGAGUGGCAUUCCAUUACCCCAAAUUUCAAUGCUUUUGUUGUCAAUAUCGGAGACACCUUCAUGGCGCUUUCAAAUGGAAAAUACAAGAGUUGUUUGCAUAGAGCAGUGGUGAACAAGAAGACAACAAGGAAAUCACUUGCUUUCUUUUUGUGUCCAAGAAACGAUAAGGUGGUGAGUCCACCAAGAGGAUUAGUGGAUGAUGAUUUUAGUCCAAGGGUGUACCCUGAUUUUACAUGGCCUAUGCUUCUUGAGUUCACUCAGAAGUACUAUAGAGCUGACAUGAACACCCUUAAUGCCUUUACCAAUUGGAUUCAACAAAAAGAAAGUAGCUGAACUUUCAAAGAAUAUAUAUCUCUAUAUAUAUACAUAAUGCAUAAAUAACUAGUGGAUGGUGGCAUCUUUAUUUUUAGUAGCCUUUCAUUAGCCCAAAUGAGAAGUGACAAAUCAAGAGAGGAAGCAUCAAAGUAAUUAUUGGUGGUGGACAAGUCAAGAUAAGGAGUUAAAAGAAAGGGGCAAGACAAGGCAAUUUGGACUCAGCAUUUGAAUGGAAAGAAGAAAGAAUAAGAGUUUCUUCAAUGUGUUGAGUGUGAAACACUAGUUUUGAGUAAUGAACAGAACAAGAACAAAAACAUAUAUUAUAUUACGAGGGAAUCAAUAAAAAAAUCCUUACCUAAUUUUUGUAAUCUUGUUUUGAUGAUAUAGAAAAUCUAUUAAUUAUGUU